AUGUCGUUUGAGCCACCGGACGACGACCCCGACGAAGUCACGCGUAGGCUUCUCCUUCGCCUGUUCGAGGUACCGUAUGAGGCUCUGCUGCGCACGGGAGCGCCUCAUUUUUCAUCCCGUCUCCUAGACUGCCUGCACAUCUCGCUUUACCCAAACGUUGACGAGUUGGUGACUUCCAUGCACACGAGGCGCCGCGGGCUUGAACGAGAAGAGCGGGAAGAAAGAGAAGAGCAGAGAGACGAAGAACGGCAAGGAACAGAGGGAGCGAAUCGUCAAAAGGGAGAGGGAAGCGGGGGGACGGGCUGUGAUGGCGAGAAAGUGAGCAAUCCAGGUCACCAACUGUGUUCAGCACAACCAAAAGAGAAAUUGUGUCACCAUCUCUGGCGGUUGGAGAUUCUUAUGAGAAGGGAAGCAGAGUUACUACGUAGGGACACAGAAGGAUUCGAAGAACAACAGGCCGGGGAUUCUAGUCUUCCUACGCGAAACCGUGAAGAUCUGAACGCAGAACGACCACCGAAGGGACCCCACGAGACAACAAGCGAGACCAGUUGCUCUGCUGAACAUGUAGUCGCCCGCCGCAUGAGGGGACGGAACACUAUGGCGUAUGCGAGAGAAGAAGAGGCAGAUUGGGAUCAGGAGACUGACGACGGAGAAGAUGAUCUUGUCAACAAAGCUUGCUGCGUGCCAGUAGCUCAAACAGCGUAUGAGCUCCUAGAGGCUCGAAGAGAAGGCGCAGCCUUCCCUGAAUAUACUUGGUAUUUCCUUUCGGAUAACGCCCUGAAAGUUAAUCACAGGCUUGCGGUAUAG